UGUUGCCGUGCUUCCAGCACCAAUAUAUCAUGCCCACAAUUAGCUAACAGUGGGUGCUAAUGCUUAGUGUGAUGCUGUUACACUUCAGGGCUGUCGGAGUUCAGAAUUCAAUUCAUCUGUAAGGAGUCUGUGAGAGAUGCUUUAAGUAGGGCAACUUUUCUGUCCCUGGGGGAGAUUUUCUUUUUUUUUAUAAUUUAUUUUUUAUUGAAGUUCAUCAUCAUAAGACGUAUUUCAGAUACUGUACAUAUCAUAUAUUCAUAUUUGCUACAAAUCUCCACAUAAUAUUUACCUGGGGUAUACACUUAUAGAAAAGAGAGGAAAGAAAGAACAAGCAAAAGGAAAGAACUAUGUACAAGUAGGGAGUGAUUUUUUUUUACAACAUAUUGAUUUGUGAGAAUAAAAUCAGGCCUAUGAGGUGUUAUGUAGUUAAACCAUUUUUCCCAGUAUGAAUCAAAUUGUUCCAACUUAUGAUUAACAGAUGCUGUUAUCUUCUCCAUUUUGUAAAUGUCCAUUGUAAUUUCCAUCCAUGCAUUUAAGAUUGGGCUCUCCUGUGAUAACCAUUCCCAGGUAAGAGUCUUUUUACCAGCCACCAACAGUAUAUUCAUUAAAUAUUUAUCUCUUUUCAACCAUUCUUGAGGUAUAUACCCAAAAUAUAUGGUCUUACUUUCUAAGGGGAGAUUUUCAAGAAAAAAAAUGGUUUUAUAAAAACAUGUACUGUAGCUUUAAAAAUUAGGUAAUAGUAACUCUAAACUUCUUCUCUGUUUGCUUCAUAAAUAACAUUUUCUUAAAUUUUAAGUGAGUUAAAAACUUGAAUAUGCCAGAAUUUCACUAUAUUGGGCUUAUCCUCUACCAGACUCACAAUUACUAAAGUGCAAACAGAAACGGAAGAGACAACAGUGGAAAGUCAAUCAAAGAAACAAUAGGGCUGCUGUUAAGAAAACACAGACAGAGAAUGUUUUAUAGCAGAGAAUAUCUCCAAUAGGCCAGCAACAAGAACAGAAUAACCUCCGUGUUCCUGAGGCUUCGCUGUGCACUAAUGGAGUCUGUAAGAAGGAAUUUUAAAUUUCAAGUGUUGCUUUUUUCAGAGUUGUUGGGAUUUCUGUGAAUGUUUCAUAAGUCUUACUGAUAAAAAAAAGUGUGUGGCGGGUUGAGUAAAUGUUUUGUUAGUGUUAAAGUGUUCUCUCUCAUGUACAGUUGAAAAAUAAUGAUCUCUAUAAGAGUCAUAGAGUGCAACGCAGGAACAGGCCAAAACUACUUAAACUGUACCUGGACCAUAGCCCUCCAUAUUCCUACUAUCCAUUUACCUAUCCAAACUGUUGAAACAUGUUGAAAUUGAGUUCACAUGCACCACUUGCACUGGCAGCUUGUUCCACACUCUCACUACUAUCUGAGUGAAGAACUUCCCCUUAAACUUCUCAGCUUUCGCCCUUAACCCAUGACCUCUUUUUGUCGUCCCACCCAACCUCUGAGGAAAAAGCCUGCUUGCAUUAAAUCUGUUUGAAAUUUGAAUUGCUGCUUAUUCCAGAGUUGGGGAGGGAUAGGCAGAUAUUUCGUAAACAUUAUUUUAUUUUUAAGACUGGACAAUGCCUAGUUUAGCUGGGCUGCCUAUGUUCAUGUUUCAUGUGGAUGUUUUUAACGACGUUCUCUGGCUGCCUACCUUAAAAUCUGUCAUCUCUUAUGGAAUUUUGUUAAAUAUUGCAGACUGUGUCUGGCGAUAAGGGUGUCCGGGGAUGGGGUUUGGCUGCACCACGCGAGAAGAUGGUUCUAAGGAAUCGCAAAUCGCCUGCGACGCCCUCAGCACAGACCACCGCCAGGAGACAUGCCACGCCGAGGAGAUCCUGAGAAAUAUGAAUACCUUUUGCCAGCGCAGGCUCUUCACCGACGUCGUGCUUCGCGUCGGGAGGCGCGAGUUCCACUGCCACCGUGCCGUCCUCUCUGCCAACAGCAUUUACUUCUGGACCAUGUUCUGCAUUGGCCUCAAGGAGAGCCGGCAGGGCGUCGUGGACAUCAAAGGGGUCUCGGCGGACACCAUGGAGUGCAUGUUGGACUACAUGUACGGCGGGAGCAAGAACAUCCACGAGGAUAACGUGCAGGGCCUGCUGGAGGCCGCCGAUCUCUUCCAGAUGUCGGGUCUCAGGGGCAGCUGUGAGAAGUUCUUGGAGGAACAACUGGACCCUUGCAACUGCCUGGGGAUCCUGAGCUUCGCUAACAGCUUCUCCAUCCCGGCCCUGUCGGAGAAGAGCAAGAAACUGCUCAUGGAGAGCUUUGAGGAGGUGACGCAGCACGACGAGUUCCUGCAGGUGCCCAAGAGGGAGCUCCUCGACCACCUGUCCAGCGACCUCUUAGCCGUGGCCCAGGAGGAGACCGUCUUCGAGGCGGUCAUGCGGUGGGUGCGGCACGAUGUCGCCGGCAGGACGUCGGAGCUCAAAGAACUGCUGGAGUUGGUUCGAAUCCCCCUCCUGGACCCCAUAUAUUUUGUUGAGAAGGUGGAAAAUGACGAGUUGAUCUUGAACUCCAAGGAAUGUUUCCCGCUGCUCCAAGAGGCUCGGAAGUACCACAUCUUUGGCAGUGAGAUAGCGACUCCCAGGACAAGGCCACGGAAGUUCGCAAACGUGGCGGAGGUGAUCGUUGUGGUGGGUGGCUGCGACAAGAAGGGUUGGGCGUCACUGCCGUACACCGAACGGUUCGUCCCCAGCACUGGCGAGUGGACCCAGCUCGCCAAGAUACCGGACUAUACCAAGUCAGAGUUUGCUGUCUGCAUUCUGAAGAAUGACAUCUUCCUGUCAGGUGGACAUUUGUACAGCAAGGACGUGUGGAUGUAUAAUUCCCUCCUCAAUGUCUGGCUGAGAGUGGCACCUCUGAAUAAAGGAAGAUAUAGGCAUAAGAUGGUAGCCUUACACGGCAAGAUCUAUGCUGUGGGUGGUUUUAAUGGAUUCAGCAGGAUGUCCAGUGUCGAAUGCUACAACGCUACGUUGAACUGUUGGAAAUACCGGGCUUCUUUACUGGAAGCUGUCAGCUCAGCGGCAGUAACCGCCUGUUUAAACAAGGUCCACGUCAUUGGCGGAGCGCUCACUGAUAAACUGAAUUCCAACAAGGUACAAAGCUACGACCCCCUGAAGGACGAAUGGACCUUUACGACAUCUACUCCCUUUGCUCAAAGGUGCAUCAAUGCAGUGAGCCUGAAUGAUUCAUUCUACGUUAUGGGAGGGCUGAUGGACUCGGUGUACAAGUACGACCCAAAGCAGGACAUCUGGACAGUGCUGACCGAUGUUCCGGGACCUCUGGAGAACAGUGGACUGACGGUCUGCGGUGGCAUGAUCUAUGUCCUGGGAGGGAAGGAUGCUUUGGCAGAAGGCACGGACCGAGUUCUCUGCAUCGACCCCGUCUCGGGCAAGAUGAGUCAUUUGUCCAACAUGCCACGCUGCAUCAGCUAUCACGGAUGUGUCACCAUCCACCAGCGUGUGAGGCAAUGAAGGACUCGUCUUCUGCACGCAGGCUUUCUGAGGACACGCCCAACACUGGCUGUCAGAUGAGAUGCCAGAUAAGAUCCUUUCCCUAACCUGUUACAAGCCAGCCUGUCAGAAGGGUUAUUUUGUCACAAGAUGGAGAAUGCACUGUUCCCAUGAGUAACUUGCUAUUUCCUCUUCUCCUAAUCCAUCCUGAGGGGCCCUGACUGUAGAAAAUUCCCUGUCUAACAAGUCCAAGCUCACUACUCCCUCUUGCACUGUCAUUGAACACUGACUCCAGCUAACAGAUCUCUAAAUGGUUCAACUUAAUAUCAGAGAAUGUAUACAGUAUACAACCUGAAAUUCUAACUCUUCUCAGGCAUCCACGAAACAAGAAACCCCAAAGAAUAAAUGACAGUAACAUCAGAACCCCAAAGCCCUGCCCCGCUGACACACAACCAGCAGCAGCAGAAAAUUGGCCCUCCCCCCAUUUGCACCACAUCUCCAAUUCUCUUGGAGUUUAGAAAAUGUAGGCACGAAUGUAUCCAAGAAUGGGAUGUCCACUGGAUUUGAUGUUCAACAUCUCUCAGCUCCCUGAGAGAAAUCCAUUUCUUCAGGGAAGUCCCCCACCCCCCUGAUCUGUGUGCAAAACACUGAGAAUGGCACUUCCAAACCUGGUCAGUGGCGUUCUGGGCUUGGGAGAGGCUGUUGGUAGUUACUGCAUCGGUCGUACACAUUUCCGGCACCGUGCACUGGCGGAGAAGGAGUGAACAUUUAAGGCGAUGGGUGAGUGGGACCCAGAAUGAAAUGCUUCUUCAAGCAUGGGCACACUGUCUUCUGUACCUCCACGUGCACCUGCUCGGCUGACAGGAGAUUCAUGAGGUGUACUCAUUCCUCAACAAUGCCCCAGUAACCAUAACAUGCCCAUCUGCUGUGCCUUAACAAAUCUGGAAUGUUACAUCAUAUUCUACAUUCACCCGUUCAGUUUCCAUCACUGGGGGUGAUGUGUUCUCACUGUGACCAACUGACCAUUAUCACCCAAAGCACUUAAAGGUAAAGGUUCUUAAAGGGAAAGUGUUAUACCUCACUAGCAUAGAAUGUUUCAGGAGUAUCUUCUGCUUAUACUCAAAACUGUGAAAUGUCUUCAACUAUUGUUAACCUUGAUUUAAUACCUGCCUGCUCAUUAAUCCUGGAAUGUGAAGUUAUUUUUUAUUGUGAAUAUUGGCUCUGUGUGCUAGAACUUGCUUAAUGCUCUUCCCCUACUGAUGAAGGGUGUCAGCCCGAAACAUCAACUGUUUAUUCUUUUCCAUGGACGCUGCCUGACCUGCUGAGUUCCUCCAGCACUUUCUGUGUGUUGCCUAACUAACACUCUCUCAGCUUUAGCCAGAGGGUAGUGAGUUUAUGGAAUUCAUUGCCAUGAACAGUAAUGGAGGCCAAGUCAAUGAGGACAUUUAAAACAGAGGCUCAAAGUAAAUUUAUUAUCGAAGUAUGUAUGUGUCACUAUAUAUUACCCUGAGAUUCAUUUUCUUGUGGGCAAUUACAGUAAAUACAAGAAACACAGUAGAAUCACUGAAAGACUGUACCCAGCAGGCCAGAGAAGCAACCAGAGUGCAAAAGACAACAAACUACAAAUACUAAGAUAGAUAGAUAGAUAAUCAAACAAACAAACAAAUAAAUAAGCAAGUAAGCAAUGACUAUUGAACAUAAGAUGAAGAAUCCUUGAAAGUGAGUGCAUGGGUUGUGGGGACAGAUUAGUAUUGCGCUGAGUGAAGUUUAGUGAAGCCAUCCCUUUUACUGCAAGAGCUUGAUGCUUGAGGGAUAAUAACUGUUCCUGGACCUGGUGGUGUAGGUCCUGAGGUUCCUGUACCUUCCUUAAUGAGAACAUCAGAUAGUGAGUCCAUAGGCUGCAGGAACAGUUCAGUGAUGGGACGAGUGUAAUUUAUCCCCUCUGGUUCAAGAGCCUGAUGGUUGAGAGGUGACUAACAUGCAAAAAGACCAACAAAUUCUACGAGUAUUGAUAGGUAUGUAAGUGCAAGAGAUGCUGCAGAUGUUGGAAAUCCAGAGUAACACAUGCAAAGUGCUGGAGGAACUUAGCAGUCAGGCAGCAUCUAUGGAAAAGAAUAAAAAGUUGAUGUUUUUGGCUGAGAGAGUGUAAGGAGUUACGGAGAGAAGACUGGAGGAUAGAGUUGAGAAGGAUAAUAAAUUAGCCGUGAUGGAAUGGCAGAGCAGACUCACUGGGUUGAAAGGCCUAGUCCUGCUCCUAUAUCUUAUGAUUAUCUUCAUUCCACAUUAGUCUAGGUGAGAGGUCAGUCGAGCUCACAGGGGUUUCCAUCCUGGGGUCCACUGACCCCUUGCUUAAUGGCAUUAGUCCAUGGUGUCAAAAAUGUUGGGAACCCCUGGCCUAGCAAGAUUGAUCCUUUCUCAGCCUUCAGCUAGACCACAAAUAAUGAAUGAAUCAAAGUCUUUCACCAACAUGUUCUAUUUCUUACUCUCUUAUCCCAACUAAAAUACAUUAACCUGUUUUCCCUCUGAUUGGAUAGACAGAGAUUGUGGUUAAACAGCAAGGGUUGUAGAAAUGUUCCCCAGCUCCGUGUUUCAGCUCCAGGCUCUGAGCUGCAACUUUGGACUCCAAGUCAGAGAAAUGAAAACACCAGCUUGCUUAACCGACCCUCAUAAGACAAGCUCUCUAAUCCAGGCAGCAUCUUGGUAAAUGUCCUCUGCACUCUCUCUAAAUUUCCACAUCCUUCAGUUGAUGUUUCUGGGAAAGCAUUUGCAGAGAGGGACUUGAACCCACAACCUUCUGGAUCAUACCCAGCUGUCUAACCCACUGAGCCAAGACACUGAGCCUUAUUUUCUUUGAUGUUGUUGAUAGUAGAGUUAGAAUUAAGCAAUGUCUUUGUUAAUUGUGUUAUUGUUGUGAGCUUUCUGUUGUAAUAUUUAAGCAAUGUAGUUCAUAUAAUCUGUUAAUUAAUGUAUAUUCAGGGCCAAAUAAAA